AUGCAUGAAUUAAGAAAAAAUAAUAUGAUACUAUAUGUAAUUGUUACAGACAGUGCUAAGGCUUAUGCAGCAGCUAGUUCUAACACUAAUAAAGAAGAAAAUAAUAGUGAAAUGAUAAAUAAAAAUGAUUGUAAAACAACAAUUAAAAAUAAUAAUCAUAAUAAUAAUGAUAAAAAUAAUAAAGAAUAUAAUGAAUUAGAAAAAGAUAAUAAAAUCUAUAAAGAAAAUGAAAAAUUAUCUAUUUCUGAAAAAGAUUUUGAAAAAUAUCUUCAAGAAUGGGCUAAGUUAUUAGAAGAAAAGCAAGACAAUAAAGAUUAA